AUGCGCCAGGGACAGGGGGUCAAGAGGAUCCCCCGGAGUGCUGGGACCCAGGCAGCUUUCAGUCCUCUGCGAGGAUGGAACAGCCCUCGGAACUCGGUGACCUCCCUGCGGUGUCACAAGGUGUCCCGCAGCAGCAGGCGGUGUCCGGGGCUGCGAGGGGCUGCGCUGCGCCGCCUGUCCCGCUGCAGGAUGGAGUUCCUGGGCACCACGCAGGUGGCCAGUUACUGUGGCUCGAGGAAGAGCUGCCUGUUCCCAGACCUGCCUCCCACCAGCACCACCAAGGACACCUACCAGUCCUACUACCUGCCCGGCUACCGCCACCUGUGCUCCUGGCGGCCCAGUCUGCUGCACAAGGUGGUUUCGGUCCCUCCCGACUCCGACAACCAGUUUAACCCCAGCGGGCGGCCGCCCACCAUCCUGCCGGCACUGCGCUCCAGCCUGCACGCGCGCUACAGCCCCCGCGACUGGCACCAUGCGACCGCGGCCCAGCUGCGAGGCUCGGAAGCCUCCAGGUACUGCGCUGGUAGGAUGAACACUGAUUCCAUGAGACUGAUGCAAGAUAAGGAUCAACUGACUUAUCAGAUGCAAGAGGACAGUAAAAGAAACCUGGGGCAGAGGAUGUCCAACAUUGACUUCUGGAGAUCUGAGCUCAUCUAUGAGCUGGAGAGUCUGCUGAAAGAGACCCAAGCCUUGGAAACGGCAAAGAAGCGGCUUGAAUGCGCUGUGGAUGAACUGCAAGGACCACUGAAGGUCGCGCUGGAAUGCCUGUACUACCGCGAGAAGAGGAGGGAGAUAGACUUAGUUCAUGACGACGUGGAAAAGAACCUCAUAAAGGAGGUCGAUGUAUUCAAGGAGUGCCAAGAAAUACUGACAAAACUCGCACAGAAAAUUGGUCAACAGCUGGAUAUCAACAGAGAUGCACAGCAUGCCCUGGAGCAGGAUCUUGCUGACAAAACCUCAGCCCAUUUCAUCGAUGAGAAGUGUUUCAACCUGAGGAACACAUCGGACAGCAUCGCCUUUUACCAUGGAGUGGAAAAAAUAGAUGGGACUAUUUCAGUUCCUGCAACAUGGGCUAAAUUCAGCGAAGACAAUAUCAGGAACGCUCAACACGCAAGGGCCAACUCUGUGAAGCUCCGAGAGGAUGCAGAGGUUGCCCUGGAGACCACGUCUGAGGAGAUGUGGAACCAGUACGUCAGCACCAACCUGGCCUUUAACCACCGCAUCGCUGAAGUCGCUGAUGCAAAGAACAAACUGCAGGCACAACUGGCCAAGAUCCUUCAGGAAAUCUUCCAGACAGAAGAUACAAUCAUGUUACUGGAGAGAUCCAUAAAGGCGAAGGAGUACCCGCUGAAGGUGGCCCAGACCCGCCUGGUGGGAAGAACUAACCGGCCCAAUAUGGAACUUUGCCGUGACGCACCUCAACUGCAGCUUGUCACUGAAGUUUACACUAUAGAUGACACUUUACAGACCCUAAAGCAACGUCUGCAAGAAGCCCGUGAUACUCUGCAGAUGUUGAUGGUCAACAAGUCCAAGCUGGAACACGACAUUUCGGUGAAGGCAAACUCCUUCUUCAUUGACAGAAAGUGCAUGGACAUGCGCAAGGUUUUCCCCAGCCCUCCCCGCCUCAUUGGCUACACUUAACCAGCGACCUUGCAUAUCCCAUGCAUGUCAAAGUUGCAAAGGUUGCAACUAUUUCCUCAAGGAAUUCACUAUUAUUCUGUUUUUGCAAAAAUUGAAAUCCUAUAGAAAUAAACCAAUGAAAACUGA